AUGUCCUUCGCCCGUCAAAAUAAGAUCAUUCGAACAGUGCUUACUCUUUUCACUGGAAUGCUCGUCGGAGCCUCGUUCACGGCAACCGUGAAACCAUCUGGGUUGUGCGAUCCUAUAGUUUUCGUCGAUAAUCCACCGCUUUCGUCUGCCAUGACGCAGAGAAGUUCUGAAGGAGCAUACGCGGAUGACAACGCCGAAUAUGGACGCGAACAUAAUUUGGUCGCUUCGAACCUUUCUUUCCCGCUAGAUGGCGUUCCAUCUCCAUACGAGUCUGCUAUUCGUUUUAGGGCCGCUAAUGAAGCUGGCAGCGAUAAAAUAUCGCUUCACUCAUAUCACUUGAUGUAUGGACCGUUCCUUGCUCCUUACCUCGAAACAAAUGUGAUCGUAGGGCUGGGAUACGGCAUCGGUGACGCAGUUGCAAAAGGUUUCAAGAAUGAGCUGACUUCAAAGUUGUCGAUAUACACGGGUGACCAGUCCGACGUACACUUUUUGAAGCAGAUGAAAGUCGAUCUCAAUCACGAACAGUUUGACAUCAUCGUCGACGACGGCUCUCACGUGCCGUGGCACCAACUUUUUACCUUUGAGAUAAUGUUCGACACUUGGUUGAAACCUGGCGGGCUGUACAUAAUCGAGGAUGUUGAGACGUCAUACUGGGAUGGAAGUCAUCCGAAAAUUUACGGUUACGAUAUUAUCGAUGCUGGAAUGGGAAAGAAAGGAAGCGUUGUCGAAAAGUUCAAGGUGCUGUGCCGAAAUCAUUUUCCCAGUUGA